AUGAAGCAAAUAAUUUCAGAAAAGUUGUCUCAGAAGCGCAAGAACCCACUUUUCCCAGAGGCUCGGAGUGCCAAGCAUGCCAGGUAUGAAAGCCACAGUGAUACAGACAGUGGGGAUGAUGGUGCUGUUGUUCCCAAAAAGUUGUGCGACGAUCUCCAUCAGAAGUAUCUUGCCCUAAAAAAAACUACAAGGGAACUUAAGGAAGACGUUGAAAAGAUGCGGACAAGAGAGGCCAAAAACACAGACAUUCUGGAUGUGAUUCUUGAGGGUGUAAACAGCAUCAAAUCAAAGCUCGAGAGCACUGGAGCAGGAUGCUCAAUAAAUGCAAACACCAAGCAUGAUUUCGUGAAGAAGGUUAAACUCAGAACUGACGGAAGAACGGUCUGUGUAAAUGACAGUGUUACCCUUAGUUUGGACCAAUGGGUCGCCUGUCAGCGACAAAAAAAAGAGUCCAAGUUUGUGAGGAGUCUGGCUACUGCCAUAUGGGGACGCAAUAUUUUGAAAAAUCGAUCUACGAGUGGCAAGGUGUCUAACCGUUUGAUAAAUGAUGGAGGUGCUGCGAAGCCACCACUGACUCCAACAAAACUUAAUGUGCUAGAAGCAUGCUAUGAGGCCUGGCUACGUGAACAUGGCGCCAGUGGCGAUGUGUUGGCUGAGCGGAUGGCAGCAAUGACCACACACAUAAACAGCGCCGUACGUGACCUGGGCCGUGACGUGCGGCAUGCGCUAGAUCAAAAUCGGCAAGGAUUUCGACGCAGAUGUGAACGACGCUUCGCUGCUUUGCAAAGGCGGCCUGUCACCAGCCAAGUGCCCCCUUCGGCGAUUUAAGGCCCUUCGGCUACAUUUUGUUUUUACACCAAUAAGACGGAGCCAGGUCAAAUGACAUGACUACAGUUGAGCCUGCUGCGCGCGAACUUUCCAUUUUCUGCCUUUCCUUACUUUGCCGGCUAACCGGUUUCCCCCCCUCCUCGCAAAGCCAAAUGAAGGCUUUCAUACAUUUUUUGUAUUAAAACUGUAUAAUCCCUGUAAGUAUCUCUUAA